UUCUGCUAUUAAAGACAUGUGCAACUACCCCCCUAGCUUUAUAGCCGAUGUAUGGAACUAAUGUGGUUGUAGUCAGCUUCUGUGGUUGUUAGUAGUAAAAGACGGCAACCUUGUUUGGAUAAUUUAUUUAUUUGAACUUGUUUAAAAGUUUUUAUUUAAUAUAAAACAAGAUCAAAAAUUUUAAACAGUUCUACGAAUUGGUUUUUGUUGCUCAGGAACAUUCUGUGUGGAUUUAAAGGAUAGGAAUAGCUGUUGUGAACUUGUUCCAGAUUAACUGUAUUUUGGAUAAUAUUUCUGCAAUUUUUACCAGUUAUUCUUUUAGAAAGGAUUAUAUAUUAGACAGUAAGAGUCCUGAAAAUUUGGAUUACAAUUUCAGAAAACUUGUAGAGUGUGAUUAAAUGAAUCGGAAUAGGUUGUGAAUAUUAGUUAAACAGACUAAACUUCAUCGAGGUAUCUACAUCAGCUGUCGUCAUGCUGAUAUCCUAGUACAAAAUGGCCACAAAUUUCAGGAUUAUUUUUAUUGUGGUUUUGUGUUUUUUGGGUGCAGCACAAGCCGAUAGAGAAGGUAAACCAACCUUGAAACAUUUUCCAGAAGAAGACAUCAAAGUAGGUAUUGGAGAAGAUGUUAAAUUCCGUUGUCGUGUUCAAGGAAGUCCCAAACCAUUCUUAAGCUGGUACCAUGAAAAUGAACUGAUCUUGAAUCAUAUAGAAAGGUUUAAAAUCCGUCGGUAUUCUAUUUCCAUUGCUUCUGUGACAGAAGAGGAUUCUGGGAUUUAUUCUUGUCAUGCUGAGAAUGAAUUUGGGGAGUUGUGGGUGAAUUUUACCCUCACAGUUCUCAAUUACACCGAUCCUGUGAACGAUUGGGAGAUGUAUGAUUAUGAUACAGAUAAUUCGGGUACAGGUCCUCCAAGAUGGACAUCAAGAAGAGGGAAGUUGAAGUCCGUGUCACGGCCCGUCAAUUCUUACUAUGAAUUUAAAUGUAGUGCCAAUGGAGAUCCAAAACCAAAUAUCACAUGGUACAAAGAUGGCCAACUAUUCCGAAAAAGUUCUCUUGGAAAGUUUGAAAUUCGAGGUUGGAAAUUAACCAUACAGGAGUUACUGCCAGACGAUAAUGGCGACUACACUUGUGUUGUCCAGAACAUGUAUGGUUCUAUUAACUGGACAUUUACUCUUGAGGUCAUCCAACGCUUACCUCACUCACCAAUUAUUGAGGGACCGAAAAAUCAAACAGUUGUGGUUGGUGAAACUGUUAAAAUGCAUUGUAAAAUAAUUUUAAGUGAUCUUCAUCCUCAUUUACAAUGGUUGAAACAUUACAUGGUCAACAAGAGUUACCUGUCUGAAGAUGGUGACCCCUACAUUACAGUCUUACAGCGAUCUAAUUUGAAUACAACAAAUCCAGAGAGACUUGUCAUACACAAUGUAACUAAGGAAGAUGCUGGUUGGUAUACUUGUGUUGCUACGAAUACAGUGGGAAUGAUAUACGCUAGUGCUUGGCUAACAGUUAAAGACAAAGAAUUAAUACCAAUACCAGAACCACAGUUACCUGUUAAAAAAGCUUCAUCCGAUCGGACAGUUAUGAUAGUAAUUAUAGGCGUCGCCGUUGCUGCUAUUAUCAGUGUGGCAUUGAUUGUGUCUUUAAUUAUGUGGAAUCAUCGAAAGAAGCGUAUGAUACAGCAGAAGCCAAUAAAACGUGUUAUUGUUAUGCGACCAAACGAUUUGUAUUACUCGAAAGGAGAUCCAAGUGUCAUGCAACCAUUGGUUCGAAUUGAGAAACAGUCUCGUCAAAGAUUAUCGUCAGAUGUAACUGAGGUUUCAGAAUACGACAUCCCUCUUGAUUCAGACUGGGAAUUCCCAAGAGAAAGACUGGUUUUGGGUGAUCGUCUGGGUGAGGGUGCCUUUGGUUUGGUUAUAAAGGCUAAAGCAAUGGGUAUAGCUAACAAUCCAGGUCAAACAACUGUUGCUGUUAAAAUGUUGAAAGAUGAUGCUACUGAUCGUGAGAUGACAGAUCUAAUGCAAGAGAUGGAAGUGAUGAAAGUGAUGGGUAGCCAUAAAAACAUUAUUAAUCUUCUUGGCUGUUGUACACAAAGAGGACCACUAUUUGUUAUUGUUGAAUUUGCUCCGCAUGGUAAUCUUCGUGACUUCUUGAAACUUCGACGACCAGCCAACUCCACUCUUCCUCCAACACCAGGCUAUGAAAAACCAGUCAUUGACUUUAAUGCUGUUUCUAUCAAACCUUUAACACCGAAAGAUUUAAUAUCAUUCUCCUAUCAGAUAGCUCGUGGUAUGGACUAUCUAGAUUCUAAACAUUGUAUCCAUCGUGAUUUAGCAGCUAGAAAUAUUCUAGUAUCAGAAGAUCUUGUAUUAAAGAUUGCUGAUUUUGGUUUAACACGGAAUGUUAAACAUAUGGAUUACUACAGAAAAACCACUGAUGGGCGAUUACCUGUAAAGUGGAUGGCACCAGAAGCUUUGUUUGAUAAACGAUAUACCUCGAAAUCUGAUGUAUGGUCAUUUGGAGUAUUAUUAUGGGAGAUCUUUACCCUUGGAGGUAAUCCCUACCCAUCAGUACCCGUAGAGGGUUUGUUUGAGUUAUUAAGAAAGGGACACAGGAUGAAGAAACCUCCAUAUGCUACAGGAGAAAUAUAUUCUAUUAUGUUAAAAUGUUGGAAUGAUAGUCCCAAUUAUCGCCCCAGCUUCAAUCAGUUGGUAGAAAACUUGGAUAACAUCCUAUCUCUGUCUCUUAAUGAUCAGCCAUAUUUAGAUUUAGAACAGAUUUCAGUGCCAAUGAGUGUGUCUGAUAGCCAAUAUUCUUCCAUGUCCCAUAGUGGUUCGGAGUCUAGUUCUUCGGAAAGUCUUGACAUGUACAAUCCUAUCAACGAUUUUUAACGGGAAAAUGAAACAAGUUCAGAAAUGUGGCAAGAAAUUUCAUUCUGAUUUCAAGGAAGGAUAAACUGUAUUGUUACUUGACUGACGACCUUUUGGAACAUUGAAGGUCAUAGUUGUUGUAUUUAUAUUAAUGUGUUGGGAUCAGAAAAAUCGGACUUAUCUAUUACCAAGCAACACCCAACAACAAUAGUAUUUUUGAGGUUGUAUAUUACGUCAACUGAAUUGGUGUUCGUCUUUGUUAUAUAUUGUGGUCUAGGCACUGGUGUUUUCUGUGAAUUAUAAUAGACUGUUACACUGCCAGCAUAGAAUUAUAACAGUGGCAACCUUCAACUUUGACCUAGAUACAUUUAUGAAGGCUAUCACUGCCAGAUUGUGACAAAAUUGGAACAUUUCAAUUAAUCGCAGAGACAGUGUAGUUUUUUAUUAUUAUUAUUUGUUCGAAUUACGGGAAGGAUAGUGUAUCAUUGACUUGAUCAAUCAGUCUUCAAACAGCAUGUUAAUAUAUUUGAUUGUCCAGUUGUUGUAUUUAACAGUUUUUAAUGUGUAUUAUUUUAUCAUCAAGUCAUCUUCAUCUAUAGAGAGAUAUUUUAAGGUGUGCUGUGACUGGAUCAAUGUGACAAUGUAGACUUCAUUGUAAACACGUUAAAGGACCUUGCAUCUGUGGAAACAGUACUACUUACAUAAAAAAAAAAUACAUUUAUGAUCACAAUCAUUUUUAUACAGGCUUGGGCCACUUUAAUCAAGGAAUUUUUUAUUUGCAGAGCAUUUUAUACAAGAAAAAAGCCAGUUUCUUUGCACAUAACAAUUGUUUUAGUCAGUAACGGCUGGACCCGAAGAACUGUUUUUCAUAUCGAUUGACCAUAUUUUAUAGUGAACUGUGUUUAAGACUUUUGGGAUUCUUUUUAAAACAAUUCUAAUUUAAUAUGUUUUUAAAUUGUUCAUUUACUCUCAUCAAAUUAUAUGGUUUUAACUGAUGACUCUUAAUGUGUUUCACAAUUUUCAAGUGUGGACUGUUCAGUUUUUGGAAAGAAAAAAGUGAAAGAUGUGUAAGGUAAUUAGUGCAAAACGCUGAUCUGACUUUAUCAAACCAUCUUUGAAAGGAGUGAUAAUGUUAUCAAAGAGGACAAUAACAAUAAUCAACGAUCUGAACAAAAUUCAUGAAUAUUAUAACACUUAGUGAAGGAAUGUGUGGACAAUAUAUGUGCUUAACAUGAACAUUUUUGACGAACUGACAACAAUUAUUAUAAGUGUGAGAGUAGAAUAUAGUGAAAUGGGCAGCGAAUUAGAAAGGUGUUGUAUGAUGAAAUUUAUGUGAGUCUCAGGCCUUAAAAUAUUUCAGUCUCAACAUUAUUUGAUCUACCGUAGAUUAUCACCAAAAUUGUACAAAUUAUUCUUAUUGGAUCAAGCUUAGCAGUGUCCCUGCAAUCAAUCAUUUAAUAAAAUAUGAAUGCAAUGAAUCCAGUAGAUUGAAUAACAUUGAGAUUGGAAGUAAAGUAUUAAGUUCUAUUCCCCUAGGUGCUUGUUUAAAGUUUAAAUAUGUCUUCCACAUGUUGGUCAAAAAAAAAUAAACAAAAUAUAGAUAGUCGUAGUUACGCCAAAGAUAGAUGGGAAAUCCUCUAUUCAGACACUUCUUUAUAUCACAUCAUAUAAAAACUGGUUUAUUUAAAAGGUAUUUUUAAAUGUCAAUAUAUAUUUGAAAGGUAUAUGGAGCAUAGCAAAAACCAAAUGGAAUUGUAUUUUGGAAAUAACAUGAUGAAUAUCAAUUACACAGAUUUGAUCAUUAAAACAAAUUAUCUUAUGCAUAAAUUAAAAUCCUAAUUCACAUCACAAUAUAUAAGGAAUGGCUUAUUAAAAUGAGGAGAUAUAGAGUUUAGUAAUAAAAACAUGGUAUUUUAGUUUUAGUUGCUCUUUGGUAACUAGUGAAGGGUUUAUUAGAUAGACUUACAGUACAAAUUGUACCAACAAGCUUUAAGUGAUGGUAUCAUUGACAUUAUUAUAAAACUUAUUGUUAUAUUUUAAUUUUUCGCCCUGUCUAAAUGAGAUGUUUAUAUUGGUUGUUCUUUAUUAUUGUUUAACGGAAAAGGGAAAAUUCGUUAAAAUCAGACAAAUGUAUAAAAUAUUAAUACCUUAUUAUUAAUAUUUGUAUGCAGUGAAAGUGACACCCCUCCAUUUUGAAUUAAUUGACAUUUUUGUGAAAGUUGUGUAACAGAGAAGUCCCACUUCAGUUUGAUUAGAACAUAUUUAAAUUCUUGACAUACCCAUGUUUGAAAACAAGUUUAAAGAAAUUGUGCUACUAAUUAAGGAAUUAAGGAUUCUGUAUGAUGGGAGGAUUUGGUUCCAAAAUAAAAACAAUUAAAAUAAUUUGUUACACCAUAAAAGCUCCUGUUUACAUAACCCAAACAACUCAAAAGUUGCUGUCGCACAGCAGUCACAAAGAUGUUAAUAAAAGGGAUUCUUAGAAGCAAGUUAUUCAUGAAUUGAGAUGUCAUACUGACAAGGAAUAUUUUUUGUAAAAGAAUGUUUGGACCAUAGAGAGGAUUACUGAAAAAACGACCUGUGUCAGGUUGUAGUUCAGUCUAGGAAAAUAUAAUGCCUUUGGGUUCAAGUGUGAUGCUUCUAAAAAUCCUUUUAAAAGAUUCCUCAUAGUUAUGUAUAUUUUCUUGUACAGAAUAUUAACCUAAAGGAUGAGUUGAAAUCAUUUGUGUAAAUAUAUUAAUGUAAAGAAAGAACCGCUCAAAGAUAAAUUUAUUGUUAGAUAACUUUCACUUAGUCGUUACAAUGUCAGGGAAGACAACUCUGCCAAGAACUUCCAAAUAUCACUGUACUUUGAUUUAUUAUAUGGUUUUUAAGGCUAUUAAAUGGAAUUAUUUACUACUUAAUGGUACAGCUUCAAGCAAAUAACUAGUAUUAUUUAAAACAAUCUCUAGGAUACAUCUAGAUCGAUAUCCAUUUCAACAUUUUAAAAAAUAUGCUUAGCUUUUGUAUUCAUUGAUAUAAAAUAUUUUUCGAAUUGUGACCAGAGAAAAAAUGAUAGAGCCAAUUGAGAAGUGUUUUAUGAUGAGCAUUCAUUAAUAUAGGGCAAUGCCAUGGGCAUUUAAUUGAUUUUUUAAAUUUUUGUACAUGUUGUAGGCUAAGAGCUAAGCAAUCUAUGUCUUUUUUUUCUUUCUUUUUUUUUUUUUUUUAGAUACGGCUUAAAAUGUGUUCUGAUCAAAUGUAAAUGAAAAUUUAUACAUCUUAUAGAUGUUAAAUUAAAUUUACCAAAUAUCAUAGUGCUAAAUACUGCCCAGUUUUUUUCUUUAUAAACAAGCGCUUUAUAGUUUUGUUUUUUUCAAUCUUGUACAGUUGUCAUUAUUUGUACACAAUAUUGAUAAUGAUAAUAAUAUUUAAAUUUAUUGUGAAUUUUUGUGCUAUUUUAAUUCAUAAAUGAAAUCAUGAACUCAUUUACAUAUCAUUAAUCUGUGCGUCCAUAUAUAUGGUCAUAUCAUAUGUUCACAUAUAUGGUCAUUGAAGUUCAAAUUAUUUAAAUGUGAAAUUAGUCUUCGAAAUUAUUUUAAUCAAACUUGACAUGUUCAAUGUAUAUCUCUCAUCAUAUUUUGUCCUGGUAUGUGAAAGACUACAAGAAGUAGUUUGUUACCCAGUCUUAAUUACAUAACUCAAUAAAGUUGAGAAAACUUCUUUAUUGUCAUGUACAUGUAGCUAAGAACUAACGACCCAAGACUUUAUUGUAAGUUUGCAUUUAAGUUUAUAAGCAUUUAUGUCUUUAAAAAACUGCCAUUGAUUUUCUCAGUUAUACAUUUGUGUUCAAAUGCAAUAUUAUAUUAUUAUUAUUAUUUGUUUAGAAGAAAAACUUGUUUUUUUGUUCACUUAAUCAGUACCUAUUGAUUACAAUUGUUAAUUGUGUUCUAUUAUACUUCAGUAAGUACAAAACGAUUAAAACAAACCAUGAAUUAUAUUAAAUAGUAAAUAAAUAAACAUACAAUAAAUCUUGUU